CCUCCUGCCACGCUAGAUAUACGCAGGAAAACCCUGCUCUCGCGAGAACUUACGGCUCCGCCCAGUCUCUGAGUGACGCCCUUGCCGCCUUGUUUCUUGUGGGCAAGUGCCUGAGGCUGACGGCUGGAAAGCCGGGUACCUGCGUUCCUGCGUUUUUAGAAGACCAUCGGCUCGGUGCUGGGUGGUCUGCGACCUCGCGUCCAUGACCUGGUCCUUCGAGUGAUCCGCCUGCCUUCAGGUCCUCCCGAGGGUCGGAACGUCGGGGAUUCCUCCAUCCACAAAGCCAGGCAGGUGGGUGACAAAAGGACUCAGCUGGCUCUGCAGGCCUGGCAACCUCUUCUGAUCGUCCACGCCCAGGGACGGAAACCCCUGAUCUCUACCCCGCCCUCUGAGGACCAGUUGUCUUCUUUAACUGCUCUGUUCCCCUUCUUCCUAGCUCUUGUAUGUCCUGAAGAUUGCUCCGGGAAGAAGAAAAGAUGCCACUCUUCUUCCGGAAGCGGAAACCCAGCGAGGAAGCUCGGAAACGCCUAGAGUACCAGAUGUGCCUGGCAAAAGAAGCUGGGGCAGAUGACAUUCUUGACAUCUCUAAAUGUGAACUCUCAGAGAUCCCAUUUGGGGCUUUUGCAACAUGCAAAGUUCUACAGAAAAAGGUAUUGAUUGUGCACACGAACCACCUCACUUCCCUGCUUCCCAAAUCCUGCAGCCUCCUGAGCCUUGCAACCAUCAAGGUUCUGGAUCUCCACAACAAUCAGCUGACAACCCUUCCUGAGGACAUAGGGCAGCUGGCAGCCCUGCAGGUAUUGAAUGUGGAAAGGAAUCAACUGACAUAUCUCCCACGCUCCAUUGGGAACCUGAUCCAGCUCCAGACCCUCAAUGUGAAAGACAACAAGCUAAAAGAGCUGCCAGACACUGUGGGGGAGCUUCGAAGCCUGCGUACUCUUGACAUCAGUGAAAACGAGAUUCAGAGAUUGCCUCAGAUGCUGGCUCAUGUCCGAACCCUGGAAACGCUGAGUCUCGAUGCCUCGUCCAUGAUCCACCCGCCGCCGGAGGUGUGUGGCGCCGGCACCACGGCCAUUCAGCAGUUCCUCUGUAAAGAGUCGGGGCUGGACUAUUACCCGCCUUCUCAGUAUCUGCUGCCAGUUCUGGAGCAGGAUGGAGCUGAGAACCCCCGGGACAACCCCGAUGGGCCCACAGACCGACUCUCAAGGGAGGAGGUUGAGUGGCAGAACAGGUUCUCUGACUAUGAGAAGCGGAAGGAGCAGAAGAUGCUGGAGAAGCUGGAGUUUGAGCGGCGCCUGGACCUCGGGCAACGAGAGCAUGCCCAGCUGCUUCAGCAGAGCAGCUGUCAGAAGGAUGAGAUCCUCCAGACAGUCAAGGAGGAGCAGUCUCGGCUGGAGCAGGGCCUGAAUGAGCGCCAGCGCUACCUGGACGCAGAGCGGCAGCGACUACAGGAGCAGCUGAAGCAGACAGAGCAGAACAUCGCAAAUCGGAUCCAGAAACUCCUGCAGGAGAACCAGAGGCAGAAGAAAAGUGCUGAGAUUUUGAAGUCUCUGGAAAACGAGAGAAUAAGAAUGGAACAGUUGAUGUCCAUAACUCAGGAGGAGACGGAGAACCUGCGGCAACGUGAGAUUGCCUCUGCCAUGCAGCAGAUGCUGACCGAGAGCUGUAAGAACCGGCUCAUCCAGAUGGCUUACGAGUCUCAGAGGCAGAGCCUGGUCCAGCAGGCCUGUUCCAGCAUGGCGGAAAUGGAUGAGAGGUUCCAGCAGGUCCUGUCCUGGCAGCAGAUGGAUCAGAACAAAGCCAUAAGCCAGAUCCUGCAGGAGAGCGCCAUGCAGAAGGCUGCCUUCGAGGCCCUCCAGGUGCAGAAGGACCUGAUGCACCGGCAGAUCAGGAACCAGAUUAGGUUAAUAGAAACUGAGUUAUUGCAGCUGACACAGCUGGAGUUAAAGAGGAAAUCCCUGGACGCAGAGGCGCUGCAGGAAAUGGUCUCAGAGCAGCGCUGGGCACUCAGCUCCCUGCUCCAGCAGCUGCUCAAAGAGAAGAAGCAACGGGAGGAGGAGCUCCGCGAAAUCCUGACUGAGUUAGAAGCCAAAAGUGAAACCAAGCGGGAGAAUUACUGGCUCAUCCAGUAUCAGCGGCUUUUGAACCAGAAGCCCUUGUCCUUGAAGCUACAAGAGGAAGGCAUGGAGCGCCAGCUGGUGGCCCUCCUGGUGGAGCUGUCUGCUGAGCACUACCUACCCAUCUUCGCCCACCACCGCAUCUCACUGGACAUGCUGAGCCACAUGAGCCCUGGGGACCUGGCCAAGAGCCGCCUCCUGCUCAGCCCCAGUCACGGUCUGUUCUGUCUUGAACUGACACAGAUGGGCGUCUCAGAAGCUGGCCUGCAGCACGAGAUCCUACGGAGAGUCCAGGAGCUGCUGGCUGUGGCCAGGAUCCAGCCAGAGCUGAAACCGCCCAAGGGAGAGGUCCUCGAGGCCCUGGAGUCCCCCACGCUCCCCCAGGAGCCUCCUGAGCCAGUGAGACCGUCGGCGCCCCCUGCAGAGCUGGAGCCGCAAGCCUCAGAGUGUGUGGUGUGCCUGGAACGCGAGGCCCAGAUGGUCUUCCUCACCUGUGGUCAUGUCUGCUGCUGCCAGCAGUGCUGCCAGCCGCUGCGCACCUGCCCGCUGUGCCGCCAGGAGAUCGCCCAGAGCCUCCGGAUCUACCACAGCAGCUGAGCGCUGCUCCCACCAUGCAGGCCUGGGCACCCGCUCCCCUGCUCCCCCAACCCUGGGUGACCCCAGCUCUGAGCUCCACGCAGGUCUGGGCCAGGCGGGGCACUCCUGACCAGGACCCAGCUGGUCUGAACACUGGCGAUGGGCCCUGGUGGCAUGGGGACAGUCCAGGAUUGGAAAGGUGGGUGUGCCACCACCUGGCCUGGGGAAUGCACAUCCUGGCCAAGCUGCAGCUCUGCACCUCCCAACCAUCCACCUACGGGCAGGUGGCUGCCCCUCCCAGAUUGCCAUUCUCACCUGUGGAAUGUGCCCAGCUGCCCCAGCCUGGAGCGGGGAGUGUCCUGGGGAGGGGUGAACGUGCAGGCCUGCGUCCCGGGCUUCCCCUCGCUGCUCCCUGUGCAUGCCCCCCACUCCGCACAUCUGUACCUCCUCACCCCACGCAGCUCAACCCAAAGCAGGAACGUCAAUAAAUCCUCGGUGAGCUCCUGGCCCGCGUCAUGCCUGGGUCCUGCUGGGAGCCCAGAAGGGGAGGGGACUGGUCAGGAGAAGACAGCAGCUCAACUGGGAAAGGAGACCAGAAGCAGAUGCACCCCAGUCAAAGGAGAGGAGGAGGCCACUGCUGAAUGUGGUGGGGGACUAGCCGGAGCCAGGGGCGCAGCAGCUCCUCUCCACGGUCGGUGGCGCUCAGCGGGUGCAGUGGCGUUCCACGUUAGGGUUGCUCCAGACGAGGGGCGGAGGCUGAGGGGCUGAUGCAAGGAUGUGUAACUGGGAGCUGGUGAAGCUGCGCUUGGCGCACAGAGCACGCCGACUCCCAAGCCUGCACCAUUGUGCCAACUGAUGGUUGAAACCUAAGGGCCACGCACCCUUGUGCCCGAGUCAGGUGCACCUGUGUUAAGCCAAGGGCAGCCUUUACUGUGAGCUGCUCAGGCACCUGGGCCCAGCCUGCAGCUCAUCCAGCAAGCCUGGCCAGCUUCAGGCCAGGUCCCCUGAACCCAGCGUGGCAGAUGAUGGGGCCCUCCUGAUUCAGCACCAGGCUAGGGCUAGGAGAAGGAGACAGGCCCUGGGCGGCAGAAAGAGCCCGCACCUCCCGGCCCCAGCUUCUCUACCUCACUGGGACCAUCAGUCCUGCGGUGCUGAACAGGACAGGGCAAACGACCGCUGUGUGUCCUGCUCUUGAGGGACUCUCCAAGAGCUGGGUGCCUCCUCCCUGUCUUUUCCCUGGGGACUUCCGAUGACGCCCCCUCACACACACAUAAGUGGGCUUCAGCUUGGCCAAGCGGGGAGACAGGUCUGAGGCACCCCAGCCCACUUUCUGGAGGUCAUGGCUCUUGGGUCCUUUGCAGUACUGGGCUUGAAGGCAGGGUGCUCUGCCACUGGGCUAUAUCCCCCACCCUUUUUAUUUUUUUAAAUUUUGAGACAGGGGCUAAGUUGCCCAAGCCUCAAACUCUUGUGAUCUGGAGGACUUGUGGACCCCAAAUCUUCAUGAGGGCCCAAGAACAACGCCUUUUAUCCCUCUUCUAGCCGAGGAGCCUGGGCUCAGUUAGAAACUUGCAAGGACACCAGUGACACAUGACUGAGCCCUGGCCUCUGCCCUGUGUGCAUCUCAGCUCUGCUGACUGUGGGAGGGUCGGACCCAAGCCCCAGAACAGGCUGACCAGGGAGCCAACAUCCCCCAGUUGACUGGCUCUCAUGGCACCCAGUUGGGACUUUUUUUUUUGCAUGCUGGGGCAAUAGGG